CAUGUGCAAAUGCAAACAGGCCCAGGUCACCGUUUUGUAUUCACCAUUCGCAAUCAUCCUUCUAUGAGGCGUGGUGAAAUUGCUUUUGCCAUUGCACAAAGGAAAUGGGCUGUGCUCAGUUUAGAUCAGGAGGUACUUGUACAGCCGUAUGCAUUCAAGAGUAGCCAAUACAUCGGUGCAAUAACCUUGACAGCAGAUUUUCAGCUGAAGAAGAACGCUACCGUCGAGCCAUUAAAUUCCGACCUCAUGGCUCGAGAGUUCUCGAUGCAGUUUGGGGGCAUGGCUUUUACGAAAGGCGAACUGCUCAUAUUUCAAUUCACGGAGCCAGAAAAAGGGAAAACGUUCACGUUAUCUCUUGUCGUUAAGAGCAUUGAUGGCUUUAGAGCUCGCAGAUGCGAGAGCGCUGCUAAUAAUAAACAUGCAGAAAAUAUGACUUAG